AUGGACAGUGAAGAGCACAGGUUGAACCUUGCACUGCAGCUAGAGCCCAGGAAGGCUGCGUCGUCUUCUUCCCCGGCUGUGAAGCGCAUCGGCGACGAGAGUCGGGGGGUCACCGCCGGGGGGCCGCAGAAGCGCCAGGCCACAGCCAUGGCCGAAACCACAGCCGCCGCCCGGACGUAUCCUCCCUUCAGAGUGCCCAGGCCACCUCCACGGGCUCCCGCAGCUCCCGCAGCUCCCCGGGGUCGCCUCAAGGACAGACUGGGAUCAUCUACAUCGCCAAAUUCGGGUGUGCUGGUUACACCAAGGCCCAAGUGCGGACCGACGACGGUGCCACCAAGGCCGUCGUUGGCUUCGCCAGACCCUGCGGCCAGGCAGGUGGACGUGGCAUUGGGGUUACCAGGCUCGAGUGAAGCUUUGAAGCCACAAAUUGUUCAACAUCGACACCAAGCGUCCACGCCCGGCCUUGUUUCCCAACAGACGGCGAGUCAGAGGCGAUCCGAUGUGGAAGAAGAGGCGGCAAGCUCAGCUCAAAGCACGGCAGUGCCAGCCUCGCAAGGAGAGGUCUUUUCACAGUCCACAUCAAGAGAGACGUCGGCGCUUUCCCAGGAGACGACUGAGUGGCAUCUUGCAACCACUCCGAAGGGGGAGUGGACAGGAAAAGACUUCCUUGACGCUCUCAAGACGGGCUACCUGGAGACGCUCGCGCAAUUCAUAGGAAACAUUGGUAUGCAUGGCCACCGCUGGGACCUGGAACAAUCAAGGAGUGUUGUCAAGGACUUCUUGGAGCGCUACAACCACAUUGACUCGCAUGACUGCAGCCUCCACUACUUCGAGCACCAGCGAGAGGGCUCGCACUUCCGUGCCACCUUGGUCACCACUGGAUUUGGCAACCGUCGGUACGUAGGUUCCUCCGCAGAUUACCCAAAGUCUGUGAAACAUCCGCGUGGUUCCAAAGAUCGGCAAAUCAUGAGAACGCGAUCUGCAGAGCGGAUGGCCUGCGCAGCGUUCAUGGCAGACACGGAUGUUGACGAGAUCAGGCAACAUCUGCCGCCUCCGAGGCGCAUCAUCCGAAGGCACAUGCAUCUCACACAACCUCAAAAGGAGGAGCUGAAAGUCCUAUGUGGCAACGGAUUUCAAGCUGUCCAUGAUCAGAUCAUAGACGCGGUGUACCAAGGCUUCAGUAGGUUGGGCUGUCGAACAGCCGCGUGGGAUGCCCAGCAAGGCAUUCAAAUUUCCGCUCUUCCCAAGGAGACGAGCUGA